AUGGGGUCCAGCAGCAGCAAAAACGGCGACCCCUUCCAGUGGGGCUACAUCGACGACGGCAAGGGCUGGACGGCGCGCCCAAAGUCCGAGUACAUGAAGACGCCGGCAUACAACAAGGAACUGCGUCGGCAAAUGAAGCAAGACUCUCGGGCGAGAGGUGGAAACGGUCAUAUUUCACUGGCAGAACAGUCUCGCAAGCAGUGGUAG